AUGGAGUCUCUCCUGGUUUACCUGAUAGUUCUCGGGGUGGCUGUCAAAGCCCACAAAGUCCAAGUCUGCCCCAAACGCUGUGUCUGCCAGAUGCUCAACCCCAACCUGGCGACUUUGUGCGACAAGAAGGGGUUGCUGUUUGUUCCCCCGAACAUCGAUAGGCACACGGUGGAGAUGCGUCUCGGGGAUAACUUUGUAACCAGCAUCAAACGCAAGGACUUUGCUAACAUGACCCGGCUGGUAGACCUGACCCUCUCUCGGAACACUAUUGGCUCCAUCGCACCUCAUGCCUUCAAAGACCUAGAGAACCUACGAGCUCUUCACCUCGACAGCAACCGGCUAGCCCGCAUCACCAACGACACCUUCAGUGGCAUGUCCAAGCUGCACCACCUCAUCCUAAACAACAACCAACUCACACACAUCCAUAUCGGGGCCUUCAAUGACCUCACGGCACUGGAGGAGCUGGACCUAUCCUACAACAACUUGGAAAGCGCACCAUGGGUGGCAAUCCAGAGGAUGCCCAGUCUUCACACCCUCAAUUUAGACCACAACAUGCUCAGCUACAUCCCAGAAGGAACCUUCUCUGGGCUGCAGAAGCUCAAACGGCUGGACGUGACCUCCAACAAGCUCCAGAAGCUUCCUCCUGAUCCUGUUUUCCAAAGAGCAGGGGUCCUGGCCAACUCUGGGAUAAUGGGGCCUUUGUCUUUCGCCUUGAGCUUCGGAGGGAAUCCUCUGAGAUGUAACUGUGAGCUGCUCUGGCUUCGGAGAUUGCGGAGGGAGGAUGAUCUGGAGACGUGCGCUUCACCGCAACACCUUGCUGGACGCUACUUCUGGACCGUCUCAGAGGAAGAGUUCCUGUGUGAGCCCCCUCUCAUCACCAGGCACUCUCAGGUGCUGCGAGCGUUGGAGGGUCAGAGCGUGACUCUGCGCUGCAAGGCCAGGGGCGACCCCGAUCCCAUCAUCCACUGGAUCGCCCCUGAUGGCCGCCUUAUGUCCAACUCCUCCAGGGCCACGGUCCACACAGACGGCACGUUGGAUAUCCUCAUCAGCACCGUGAAGGACUCUGGCUCCUUCACCUGCGUGGCCUCCAACCCAGCCGGUGAGGCCCAGCAGACCGUGGACCUGGUCAUCGCUAAACUCCCUCACAUCACCAACAAUACAAUCGCAGAGCAGGAGCCCGACCCGGGAUCAUCAGAUAUCGCCACGGUGACCAAGACAGGCGCAGGAGACGCUGGAGGAGGGGUGCCCCUGGGGAACACGAAGACGAGCCCAGAGAAGAAAGUGGUAAUUGCAGAGGCCACGUCCACCUCGGCCCUGGUCAAGUUUAACUUCCAGAGGAGUAUCCCUGGAAUCCGCAUGUUCCAGAUCCAAUAUAACGGGACAUACGACGAUUCGCUGGUGUACAGAAUGAUUCCUCCGACCAGUAAAGACAUCAUGGUGAACAACCUGGCGGCUGGAACCCAAUACGACCUGUGCGUGCUGGCCAUCUAUGACGACCAGGUGACCUCACUGACUGCCACCCGGGUGAUCGGCUGCAUUCACUUCACCACAGAGCCGCAGUACCUGAGAUGCCAUUUCAUGCAGUCCCAGUUUCUCGGCGGCACCAUCGUGGUUAUUAUCGGAGGGAUUAUUGUGGCCUCAGUUCUGGCUUUUAUUAUCUUCCUCAUUGUGCGCUACCGGGUGUGUAACCAAGGAGAUGCAGAUAAGGCUCUGGAGAUGGGGGAUAUUCGGUCACUGAGCAGUGAUGGACAGCUCCAGGGCUGUGGGAUCCCCAAGUCCCUCUCCAAGCAAGUUCUACGUCCGGAAAAGAAUGACAAGGAGUGCCUCAGAGUUUCCCUGCCUCCGCCGGAGCCAGACAAGCAACUACCGCCGGCUGUAGCCUCUACCAAACCUUCUGUCCCCGACUGCACUGUCUCUACCUCCGCUGCCCGCCACAGCUGGCACCCGGCCUCCCCAGGCGCCCCGAGGCCCAAACGGUCCAUUGCCCCACCAAAACCCUCAGAGGCUCACCGGUCUGAAGCCCAGGCAGAUGUUGAGCUUGAGAACAUGAACCGCAAUAACUCGUCGGAGGUUAAAAUGGCAACCAGCGUCGCUCUGGCUAUUCCCGGCCAGCCCACCAACUGGGCCGCCGUCCCCAGGGUUCCGCGGCCGCACCAGCCCCCCCGACAGCAUUACAUGACUGUACCUGCAGGGGCGGUGAGGGGGAACCGCAGGCAUUCCCUCAACACAGACUCGUUCCGGGAGCAGUGCUAUGUAGCCUACCCCAAAACCGGGGCCAGCCUGCGCUCCAAACGCAGCCUGUCGAUGAGCGUGGAGCUGCCGCAGCUCGAGAGCACAACAAACAUUCACAGGGCCAGGGACAGGCUCUCCAGGUCUGAGUGGCUUCUGGAGAGCACUUUAUGA